CUCUUCUUGCAUUCAACGCAAGCUAGCCAGCGAUCUGGUAGCUGCAGUAGGAAUAGUUGUAGCUCUUAGCCUUGUUCUUGAACAUUUUCCAGAGAGAAAUCUAUAAACCAUGAAUUCAUCAUGGACGGAUGAGCUGAACAAGGUGUUCGAGUUGGCGCUGGCGACGUAUGACAAAGACACACCAGACCGCUGGCAGAACGUGGCACGGGCAGUGGGCGGUGGAAAGACAGCCGAUGAUGUGAAGAUGCAUUACAAGUGGCUGACUGAAGACGUGGCCGACAUCGACAUGCAGUCCAGAGCCGGCAAGGAUUCGCAGAAUGGUGGCAGCAACAGCAACAGCAGAGGCUAAAGUAUCCCAAGCUCCAGCGAUAAUAAUGCAAGGAUGCCCUUUCCAGCAUACAAGUAUACAACAAGUACCCUGUAUGCACUAUGAUACAUAAUGAUUGGAAUGUGGUCACCCCCCAUCUACACUAAAGCAGCAUUGCUCCUACUCAUCCCAA